AUGAGGGUCAGAGACUCCUGCCCUGGGGACCUCGAGGACCCUGGGGACCUCAAUGAGAGACCCCUACCCUGGGGGACCCUGGGGACAUCAGGGACAGAGACCCCUGUGUUGGGGGACCCUGGGGACAUCGGUGUCACAGAUCCCUCUGCUGGGGGACCCUGGGGACAUCAGGGACAGAGCCCCCUGCCCUGGGGGACCCUGGGGACAUCAGGGACAGAGACCCCUGCCCUGGGGACCUCGAGGACCCUGGGGACCUCAAUGAGACACCCCUGCCCUGGGGACAUCAGGGACAGAGCCCCCUGCCCUGGGGGACCCUGGGGACAUCAGGGACAGAGCCCCCUGCCCUGGGGGACCCUGGGGACAUCAGGGACAGAGCCCCCUGCCCUGGGGGACCCUGGGGACAUCAGGGACAGAGACCCCUGCCCUGGGGACCUCGAGGACCCUGGGGACCUCGAUGAGACACCCCUGCCCUGGGGACAUCAGGGACAGGCACCCUUGCCCUGGGGGACCCUGGGGACAUCAGGGACAGAGACCCCUGCCCUGGGGACCUCGAGGACCCUGGGGACCUCGAUGAGACACCCCUGCCCUGGGGACAUCAGGGACAGGCACCCCUGCCCUGGGGGACCCUGGGGACAUCAGGGACCCUGGGGACCUCGAUGGGACACCCCUGCCCUGGGGACAUCAGGGACAGAGACCCCUGCCCUGGGGGACCCUGGGGACCUCGGUGUCACAGACCCCUCUGCUGGGGGACCCUGGGGACAUCAGGGACAGAGCCCCCUGCCCUGGGGGACCCUGGGGACAUCAGGGACAGAGACCCCUGCCCUGGGGACCUCGAGGACCCUGGGGACCUCAAUGAGACACCCCUGCCCUGGGGACAUCAGGGACAGACAUCCCUGCCCUGGGGGACCCUGGGGACAUCAGGGACCCUGGGGACCUCGAUGGGACACCCCUGCCCUGGGGACAUCAGGGACAGAGCCGCCUGCCCUGGGGGACCCUGGGGACAUCAGGGUCAGAAACUCCUGCCCUGGGGACCUUGGGGACCCUGGGGACCUCAAUGAGACACCCCUGCCCUGGGGACAUCAGGGACAGAGACCCCUGCCCUGGGGGACCCUGGGGACAUCAGGGACAGAGCCCCCUGCCCUGGGGACCUUGGGGACCCUGGUGACCUCAAUGAGAGCCCCCUGCCCUGGUGGCCCUGGGGACUCUGCAGGCCCUGAGGACUUUGGGGAUCAGAGACCCCCCCUCGUGUCCUGGGGUCCCUUGGGGACCUCAGCGCUGUCACCUUGACCUGGGAGGGCUCUGCUGAGCCUUGGGGGGGUCCCCAGGAGCCCAGGAGGGGACAGGGACACCCCGCGGCAGGGGAGGGGACACUGCCAUCCUUUACCCCUCACCACGGGCCACCACCCCGCGUGUGGCCCUCCCUGGAUUGUCCCUGUCCCCUCCCGGGCCAGAAGCACUUUAGGAAGGGGGCACGGAGACCCCCGGCCUGGCCACGUGGGGACACAAGUGCCACCAACUGGGUGGCAUCGUGUCACACCCCCUGUCACCGUGUCUCUCCGUGUCGUUAUGCAAAUAUUUGCUGUAAAGUCGUUUGUUUUUCCUUUAUUUUUGAUUUUUUUGGGGGUUGUUUUCUGGUUUUUUGUCUGUUUUUCCCCCUGUAAAUAUCGUCACUGCCCGUGUAACAUAUCCCAAAGGAUUUAUAAAGGAUUUUUUAAAGAAGUUUUGGGAAAGGCCAGCCCUGAGCAAGGGGACGUGCUGGACCAGUGGUGACUUUUUAAAACCCUCCUGCAUGUCCCACCCCCCAAAAAAAAAACCCUCCCACCCCCCAUUCCUGGCAGGAUCUGCAAAACUAAAAAAAAACCAACAAAAAACCCAAAAUCUCAAACCAACCCAAAAAAUCCCUCCUGCUUUGGCCCCCCACCUCCAGUCCUGGUCUAUAUAUUGGAAAUAAACUGAUUAUUCAAGGUUU